AUGCUGAACUUUACUUUUGUUCUUUGGAAUGUUGGAUAUUUCUUAUAUACAUAUGGCACCAUCUUCAUUAUUAUCUUAAUUAUCUGGCAAGUGAAAAGGAGUUACCAUAGAUUAAGGUUGGAACCUAAAAGGAGCUGCUGCCUGUAUCAACAAGAACUCAGGCAAAGCGCUGGAGAUGCAGCAUCAAGAGCUAGGAAACAUUCCUGCAAAGAAGCUGAGAAGCCAUGGGAGCUGCUCUCUGUCAUGAAAAGCCAGAGUUGGCUUCCUCAGGAGGGAAGUGUGCGGAGGCUCCUGUGUGCAGAUACCUGCUGCCAAAUCUGCAAUGCCAUGGCUCUGGAGAUCCAGCGCUUGCUGCCCAGCCUUCCAGAAUUGGGCUUGAGAAAUAAGAUGAAAUCCCUUCUGCGGUACAUAAACCUCAAAGCAAAAGGCAAAGGGCACAAAGACUCCAUGUUUUCGACGGCUGCAAAAGUGGUCAACACCAGAAAAGAUAAUGUAGAAAAGAGGUUGGCUCCAGCCAAAAGUCCCAUGGAGCAAACUAAGAUAGAGAAGAAGACAAGGGAGGACCCCAAAGCCCAAUCUCCCCCUAGUGAGAAGCAGGUGGACCUGGCCUUGGAUAGCUCCCAUUUCUCACACAAUAAGCUCAGGCACCGCUCCUGCUCCCAUCAGCUCCACUCUGCCUCAAGCUUGGGUCAACCCAGCCACUGCCUUCGGCACUGUCAAGUGGUUUGUGCCACCCAACCAGGAACACACCCUAACUCUCUCACUUCAGAAGGAAAUGCUGUCCUGCUCAAGAAGACCCAGAACAGUUGA